AGCUUCCCUCUAGUAUUCGCAAUUUAUUUCACACAUUUUAGACAAUCAGAUACUCCAUCACCAUGAAAUUCCAGAUCAUCUCAGCCGUUUCCCUUCUGUUGUCUUCUGUCACCGCAGCUCCGCCGCCUGCACUCAGGACCUUUGACGUUAUGGCACUUCAUUCAGCUAGUCCCAUCCAUUUUGCGCAGAUGAGCGCUGCUAGGAGCGGCUUGUUUCUCAACUUGCCUCAGCAGAAUGCCACGUGCAAAGGCGAGUCGAGCGGGCACGCAACAUUUUAUAUUGCAAACGAGGAAUUGGUGCUGUAUUCCUGCGAAGGAGAGAAGCAAAAGGUCUUUGUCGAUCGAUCUGGAAUGGGACAGGGUAUAGUAGGCUAUAUCACAGGGAGUCAAUCUCUUCCACGAUAUGGGGAAUCAAAAGGUUGGAGGGUCGAUAAGGAUAAAAACCUGUUUUUCAAGGAUGCCGGCUUGAUUGCUUGUCCACAUAGCAUUGACGGCUCGUGGAGGAUUUGGCUGGGUUUGGGCUUCACUGCGCCUGGCGGUAAUAAGGAUUGCUUGGGGAUGUCGGCCCGGACGCUGGACAAUAAGACGCCGAUUAGCUGCCAUUACACGUAAUGACAGCUCGCUCGUCUGUUUGCGGAGUAAAUAUUUGGGUAAAUGGUUGUGUAAUUAGUCUUCAAGUUACAAUUCUCACGAUAUGAUGCUCGAUCCC